AUGGACAUAUUCAGCUUUGCCGCUUCAAUUAUUACAGUUCUGGAGCUCGCCUCCACCGCCACUCGGUUUAUUGUAACUGCAAACGAAUCUGAAAAAGAGCGCAAGAUUUUAUUGAGCGAAAUCGCCAGCAUUGCUGGAUACUGCUAUGUUCUCAAAGACCUCUCUGAGCGAGACGAGCCAGACAAUUGUUGGUCUCGCAACUUAAGAGCUCUUCUUGUGAAAGACGGGCUGAUUGCUCAGUUUCGUGCCAAUCUCGAGGAGGUGUUGUUGAUUUUGAAUGAAAAGCAUUCGAAGCUUAUUGAAAAAGCGAAGUGGCCACAUCAGAAGAACAAACUUGGUGAGAUCUGUAGCCGGAUUGAAAGGCAAAAGUCACAAAUCUUGCUUGCUUUACAGAGCGAUCAUGUCAAUCUUUCUCUUGAUACCAAAAAGGAUCUCAGUCGAGUGAACGAUCUUGUGAUCAACAUUGAUCGCAAGAUCGUUCAGAUGGAUCAAAAACAGCAGACCCAACUCCAGGAGAAAGAAAAAAGAGAUCUUGAGACUUGGCUCACUAGCUUAAACUUUUGCGCGAAGCAGAAUGACAUUUUCGCGAGGCGGCAGGAGGGUACAGGAGAGUGGUUGUUGCAAGACCAAAACUUCCAAAGCUGGCUGACUGGAUUCAAGAGAAAGUUAUGGUGUCAAGGGAUUCCUGGUUCCGGGAAGACUAUUCUUACGUCCAUAAUGGUCAAUUCUUUGGAAGAAAAGUUCGGAGAUCAAAACGUCGGUAUAGCAUACAUCUAUUGUGUCUAUCGAGAGCAAACUUCUCCCUCAGAGCUCAUUGCAUCUUUGCUAAAACAACUCAUUCAGCAUCGCCCUGUUGUCUCGACUGAUAUUCUAGAGCUCUAUAAAUACCAUCGUCGAAAACAAACACGGCCACUCCUGACAGAUUAUUUAAGAGUCUUGUUUUCAGAAGUUCGCAAUUUCUCAAGAGUCUUCAUCCUGAUAGAUGCUCUCGAUGAGUGCUCUGAAGAGCAAAAGGCUAAAGAUCUCUUCCUCAACGAAGUGUUGAAAUUAGUUCCUUUAGUGAGUGUAUUAAUCACGUCUCGUGAUGAGCCAGAUAAAAAGAAUGGUUUUCAGGACAAGCCAGACUUAGUUAUUAAGGCCACUAAAGAAGAUGUAAGGCGAUACCUUGAAACUAGACUUGAGAAAGAGCUCUCGAAUUUUGUAAGAAAGGGGUCACCAUUAUGGGCCGAAAUAGUGGAUACGGUUGUUAGGAAGUCCCGCGGAAUGUUUUUACUCGCUCAGCUUCACAUGGACUCACUUGGGAGAGAAGAUACUGGUAAAGGAGUUAGGAAAGCGCUCCAAGAACUACCAGAACAGAUCGAUGGAACGUAUGAGAAGGCUAUGGCAAGAAUAAAAAAUCAAGACAGUCGAAAGGCUGAACGAGCUGCGCAAGUUCUCUCCUGGAUAUGUUACGCCGCUAGACCGAUAACAGUGGAUGAACUUCGAUAUGCUCUAGCUGUGGAGAUCGGAGACACCCGCGUGGAUGAAGAAGCUGUUCCUGAUGGUAAUCAUCUAGUAUCAUUAUGUGCUGGACUUCUGACUAUUGACCACGACAGCAACAUUAUUCGAUUUGUCCACUACACUACCCAGGAAUAUUUUGAGCGGAUCAAGAAAGAACGAUACCCUAAAGCUCCGACCCAAAUUGUCAUGGCGUGUAUCACUUAUCUGUCAUUCAAUGAAUUUGCCACUGAUCCUUGCGACAACGACAAGGCAAUGGAAGAAAAGAUGCUCAAGUAUCCCUUCCUGCAAUAUGCAUCUCAAUACUGGGGCCUCCAUGCCAGAGGAGAGCCAGAGAAGGAUCCUAUAGUACAAGAGCUCAUUAUGAAGUUUUUGUGGCAAAAUUCCAACAUGUCUUGUAGUUUGCAAUUUGCCCAUAUUCCAAAAUACAAGCAUGCCAACUAUAGCCAGUCGUUUCGCAAGGAGGUUUCGGCGCUGGGGCUAGCUGCAACAAACGGACUUGUGGAAGUCACCGAAAAAGUACUGUCAAUCGAUGCGGAUGUUAAUAAGGCAGACUCCGACAAAGGAACUCCACUUCAUUGGGCUGCUUGGCAUGGGUAUGACCAGAUUGUGAAAUUAAUUCUGGCUACAGAAGGUGUGGAGAUCGAUGUUAAAUAUUCAAGUAACAGUACACCUCUUCACUGGGCGGCUGAGGGAGGAAGGGCUUCUAUCGUAUCGAUGCUUUUAAAGAGCGGUGCCAAAAUCAACGCUGUUGAUGUGCGAAAAUGGACCCCUUUGCAUAAAGCGGCUUGGCACGGGCAUGAAGCUGCAGUUCAGGUACUUCUCGAUUAUAAACCUGAUGUGGAAGCCGAAGAGGCACUUCUCGAUAAUAAGGCUGAUAUGGAAUCCGAAGACUCCGAUGGAGGAACGGCAUUGCAUGCAGCAUCAGAAAGGGGGCAUGAAAAUGUCGUAAAGUUACUGCUAAAAACGGGCGCCAAGGUUAACGCCACAGAUAUUGACGGAGGUACUGCACUUCAUCGAGCAUCAUGGAAUGGACACUUAGUAGUGGUGCAACUGUUACUGGAUGCUAAAGCAGAUGUCAAAGCCAGAUACUCAUAUGGAUUCAGAGAGGGAAGUAAAUCCCCUAGUCGAGACAGUAGUGGUGAAGAGGUUGUUGUCAGGCUUUUGAUGGAAAAGGGUGCGGAAGUUGCUGCAAAAUACUAUCAGGGAGGAACGGCAUUACACUGGGCCGCCUGGAGUGGGCACGAGGAGGUCGUACGUCUGUUACUUGAAAAAGGCGCCGACUUUACUGCUAGAGAUUCCUUGGGCGAAACUCCACUUUCUGCUGCGACAAAGGGCGUAUACGACGCGAUGGUGGCGCACCUACGGGAAAAGGGGGUUGAUGUGGAUCAGAUGGUCUCCAAAGAAGAGCAGCAGAACCUGCUAAGUCAGACACUGAAAACUGAUGGAACGUCUACGUCUUUACAUUGGGCCGUUUGGGGUGGGACUGAAGAGGCUGUGAAGCCUUUACUCGAGGAAGGAGGUGGCAUCAAUAUAAACACACCGAAUCAACAUGGACGAACUGCCUUGCAUUGGGCAUCUUGGAGUGGGAAACGGAAUAUCGUAGAGCUUCUUUUGGGAAAGGGAGCAGACAUUUCUUGUCAGGACAAUGCGCAAUGGACUGCCUUGCACUGGGCAGCCUGGAAUGGUCAUGUAGAUGUUGUCAAACUUCUCCUGGACAAAGGUGCUGAUGCUACAUUGAAAGACCUCAGUGGUAAGACUGCGUUGGAUUGGGCUAUGGCGGAAAGUCACAAAGAGGUGAUCAAGGCAUUGCAUGGAGAGUCGUAA